GAGAUGCUCACGUCGGCCGAGCAAGACGUCUCCUGCGUCGAGAAUCUCAUAACCGGAGCGAACGUCCUCACCGACGAGGACGGCAACCCGGCCAAUUCGAUUCCGCCGCACAAAUUUCUCGAGCGUCAACCCAAGCCUGUCAACGGAGUGACCUGUUAUUUCGCAGUAUUCAGCAAGGAAUCGUGAACAGAGGAGCGAGAGUCGUCAAUUCCUGCAGGAAGCACUCCCGCGCUGCUUCCCAGUCGAAUUUCCCGAUUCUCCCUCUUGCUGCUCUGCACACUGGAAAGAUAAACUCAAUUUUUGGACGCACAUUUCUGGGCCAUCAAAUUAUCUCCGGAGUUGAACAUGAUGAGCGACGAAUACGCACUUCUGCGUCGUGGAUUAGAAGCUCCCCUCUUAACGAUCGUUCAAAACGUAGUUGAUAAACGAUGGCAACGAGGGCAGCGCAGCUAAGAUUCCGCCUGAUUUAGGAGCUCCAUGAAAUAACGGAGACGAAGCGCCGAGCUCAAGUGCGGGGUAUUCGGACGUUCCUUAAGAGCGACGACUCUCCGGAUAAUCCUCUCUCUCUCUCUCUCUCUCAUUCGAAUCUAAAAAAGUUUCCAUCUCUCAACCGCAUACGUUGGAUCUCCGGACGGCAAGUAGGGCAAUUCGGAAAGGACACUUGCUCUCCGUCGCUGCUACGUGGGAGCUCCGGAUUACCGAAUCAUUACUGGAUGCCGCAGCAACCGGACGGUUACAUAAAAAAUCUUAAUUCCACAACGUCGUUGCGGCGGGAAUGAUUUCAAUAUUAAUUGUAAUUUGACGGUACAACAGCUCUCGGCACCUAUUUAUAGCGGUUCUAUAGCGGGAGGAAUAAAUUACGAAGACGGUAUUGCGACUCCCGAUGUUUUUAUCAUCGUGAUAUUGAUUUGACGAUACGAUAUCGUCACUAAUUGAGAGUAUAAUGUCGCAACGACGAUUAAACACCGAAGGGGACCAUCCCGUCGUGAUAUUAGUGGAAUAUUUUCUUUCGCACACUCCCGAGCUGCUACCGAGACUGAAUAAUUAACACGUAUAACACUCUACGCACGACGACUGAAAGCAUUAAGUGACGAGUGUCACACGUAUCGAAGAUUAUCGAAAGCUUUUAACCGGCACGACGGCAGCGGCUUAAAUUUCGAUAAAAGUUUCCUCCGCAGAGUUUCUGUUUUCUCAAUUUUUCAGUGUUUUCGUCCGCCAAUUAUCGUAGUCGGAAAAUGCCACCUGCUCCGAAGAAUUUCGGGAGAAAACGCGAGAGCUCGCAUCCCUUUUGGUUGGACAUUCUCAUCGGAAGAUUUCUCCUUCGCAGACAUUCGCCGUCGCUCGAUACGAGGCAACUCGGAUUUUCUACGCACGCCAACAUCAACCCUGCGAAUUGAUUGGACGAGCGAGCACCUCUCGCUGCUGCAUAUCUGCGAGGCUCGCGUGAUUUCCGACGCCAUUGAAAGCUGCAUUUGCUCUCGACGAUGCACAAUGUGCGUAGAGCUCGAGGGUGGGAGGAAACGCUACGUGGCAGGUGGGAAAAGCUUCCCAGGCGCGAUACUCCUCCGACCUUUAAACCGGCAUCGCGAUUCCCCGUUUUAUCAAUUACACUGGACACGCGUACCUGAUGUGACGUUUCGUCCACCCCCCUCGCCAAUGAGACUGGAUAAUAAACCGAGUGCUCGAACCUCUCGUAUUACUAACGAAGUCGAGUACGUUUAAUGAACGUCAAAUCUGGUGUCAGUCGCAAUCAGGACUACCGAAGGAAUAGAUCAGCGAUCACUUUCAAAUCUUACAUUCAUCUGCACACUUUCGACCGCUCUUUUUCUUAUUUUUUAGUCUUCUCGGUCCUUUCGCUCUUGUUUGUACAGUGAAGUAAAAUCAUCGUCGUUGAAGGCAUUCCAUGACUCCGUCAAUAAACUAUCAAGGUGACGAUGUCGAGAAAGCCGAAGGACCGGCGGAUUUCGAACGAGCAAUAAAAUUGACAGGAUAUGGAAGGUUCAACUAUCUUUUGCUCCUGGCCAUUCUGCCGGCGGGAUGUGCCAGCAUUUAUUCCUCCACUUCGAUGUCGUACGUUCUAUCCUCGGCGGAGUGCGAUCUCAGUCUCACUCUCUUCGACAAGGGACUCUUAAACUCGAUGCCUUUCGCUGGGAUGAUCGUGACCUCCUUUUUCUGGGGAUUCAUGACCGAUACGUUUGGACGUAAAAAGAUUCUGAUGUACGGCUACCUGACGACGAGUUUGGUCAGUUUGUCGAGUUCGUUGUCGCAGACGUCGGGGAUGUUGAUAUUUUUCAAAUUCUUGAACGGCGUUGUCAUUUCCGGACCGUUCUCAGCGUUGAUGUCGUACCUUGCGGAGGUUCACGGCGAGCAGCAGCGCUCGCGAAUUUAUAUGUGGCUCGGGAUAUUCUAUUCGAUAGCGCACAUAACGAUGCCCUGUCUCGCGUGGCUGAUAAUCCCUCAGACGUGGCAAUGGAGCGUCGCCGGCGGCACUUUCAGAGUGACCUCUUGGAGAAUAUUUUUGGCAGUAUGCGCGAUCCCCGAGGUUGCAGCGUUCAUAGCUCUCUCGUGGUUUCCCGAGAGCCCUCGAUUUCUCCUUUCCAAGGGCCGCGACCAGGACGCCCUCGAGGUUUUCAGAAGGAUCUACAGCCUCAACUCCGGAAAAGAAGCCCACACUUACCCGGUAAAGAGUCUCGAAAACGAAGUUUUAGUAAAAGACAAAAGCAAGAGUCUGAUGGAGUCUUUGAGCGGUGGAUGGCAGCAGAUAAAACCACUCUUCAAUUCCCAUUACGUGUUCAGAUUGAUAUUGAUCGGUGCUAUACAGUUUGGCGGCACUGUUGGUUCAAACUCUCUGAGAUUGUGGAUGCCACAAUUGUUCACCAUCAUAGAAACCUACGAGGCGAACCAUCCGAUCAAAACUUCCGGUCCCUUUCCGUCCAUCUGCGUUAUGAUCGACGAGAGUCGAAAGCACGAGUAUCACUUGGAACAGACUCCGAGCAGUAACCGCACAGUCCAGUUUUCUGGGGUGUGUGCACCGGUCGUUCUCAAUUCAACUGUUUACAUAAACUCCAUCGUGAUCGCCCUGACUGGUGUGAUCGGGUACACUUUGGCUGGCACGAUCAUCAACGCCGUCGGCAAGAAGAAGCUCAUGGUCUUCUGCUUUCUGUCGGCGGGAUUGUGUUGCGGAGUGCUUUAUUGGGCCGAAGAUUCCAACGGGAUUCUUGGCAUCUCGGCCGUUUUUGUUGCACUUUCAAGCAUCGGGGGUGCCGCCGUUAUCAACUUCAUCGUUGAUAAUUUCCCUACGUGUCUUCGAACAAUGGCCAUCAGUAUCACUAUGAUGUCGGGCCGAUUCGGGGCUGUUGCUGGAAACCUUCUAUUUCCGGUGCUCUUCGACGCCGGCUGUUUAGGUCCUUUCGUCAUGAUCGGUAUCGCCUGCUUGAUCUGUUCGCUCCUGGUAUUCUUCAUUCCUCAAAAGGACGCUCCGGAGGAGAUACCAGAACAGUGAUUCUCUCCUGGGCGUGUAAUGACGAAAGAAAACUCUCGUGCGCAAAGUUCAGCUGUGAGUGCCGCAGUGAUUUGCGUUGACUGAAUAACGAUCGAACGUGUGAACGAGUGUUCGAACAUACAAAUCGUUAUCGAUCAAUCAGUCCUGAGUGAAACCAGUUUAGAUUACAUUUUUUUCUAUACUCGCGUUCGUAUUGAAUACGCACAAAGGCUCCGAUACGAGAAAAUAGGCAAAAGAUUAUGUUGAAUUUUUUCAUCAUAUUUUCUACGCACUAUUUCUGUAAAAUACGAAUAAUUUUUUUAGAAAAGAGAGCUUACAGUGAUCGAAAUAUUUUUAUUUUAUAAAUAUGUACACGCAUGUAUAGAUUGUUAGUGAUAAUAAUAAUAAUAGUAUAUUUUAUUAAUGUAAAAUGUAGAAAAACAAACGUGCGUAAAAAUGACAAAUUUUUGUUUAGAAUAGUGAGUAACUGAAGUGUAUAAAUCAAUAUUUUUUGUAAUUAACUCGUACUUUAUAAUAGGAUUUUGAAAUUUUUUGAAUAAUCGUUAUUUCAGAUGGUCGGCUAGUAAAUUGUGACUAUACUCUUUAUGUAAUUUAUAGUCAUUAUUGUAUACUACGAUUUAUAAAAAUGUGUACGAAUAUUUACGCAAGAGCGUGAGCCUCGAAUGAGUAAUUUAAUAGAAUUUUGAAAAAUACUGCGAUUAUGGCGUGAAGAAAGAAUUUACUUUAGUAUUAUUGUCGUUACGUAUAGAAAAAGUAUGUAUGAUGAAUUGAAAUAUAUAUUGAAACACAAAAACGUUUGAGGGGUUAUUGUUCACAGAAAUAUUUGUUCGAAGUAUUUCGAAAUAUAUUUGUAGUUACAGUA